AUGUUCAUCUCAAUCUCCACCGUACUCCUGUGUCUUCUUGGUCCGGCUGUUGCCUCCCCAGUUCUCGUCGAUCGAGCUGUAUCAUCCACAUGUCCAAAAUAUACCCUCAUCAAUACUCGAGGUACCGGUGAAAGGCAAGGUGAAUCUUCUGGAUUCACUACCAUGAAUGCUCGAAUCCUAGCUCAGCUUCCUGGUGGCGAUAUCUACAAUACUGUCUAUGCGGCCGGUUUCAAUCAAGACUCCUCGGCAGCUGGUGCAGAUAUCGUAAAGAAGAUAAACUCUACACUUCAAACUGAUCCUGCCCACUGCUUUAUCCUUCAAGGGUAUUCUCAAGGAGCAGCAGGAACCACCAAUGCCCUUUCAAAAUUGACUGGAGCUUCCUUCAACGCCGUCAAGGGUGUCUUCCUCAUCGGGAAUCCCGAACACCGAUCUGGCUUAGCAUGCAACGUCGAUACUAAGGGAGGCACAACCACGAAAAACGUUAAUGGACUUUCCUACAAACUUGGUGGUAUUCCCGCCAAUUGGGUUAACAAAACACUUGAUGUUUGCAAUUAUGGUGACGGCGUCUGUGACACCGCACAUGGAUACGGCAUCACCGUUCAACAUCUGGCUUAUCCUCGUGAUGCUAGUACCCAAAAUCAAGGUACUGCCUUUGCCCUCAAGCAGCUUGGCGCCGCAUAA